AUGUGGUUGCUCCCUUCGGAGCUCAUGGGACACUUUGUCAACCUCACCUCUUUAAGCAAGUACGGUUGCAACCCCACCAUACUUCCCAUUGCCUCCAGCUGCUGCACUGAGGUUUCACAUCAUAUUUCCAGAAGGCUUCUGGAAAGAGUGACUACAUGUAGCAUUCAGAGAGCUGACGGGGAUUGUGACUUGGCUGCUGUCAUCCUUCACGUAAAGCGCAGAAGAAUCUGUGUCAGCCCGCACAAUCACGUUAUUAAGCAGUGGAUGAAAGAACAGUCAGGCAAGAAAGAUGCUGAAGGCAACAUUUGCCGUAAGAAGAAACACCCCAGCAGGAGGAACAGUAAAGGGGCACAUCAGGGGAGGCAUCAAACACAUGGCCAUAAAACUCCUUACUAG